ACAUAUACCCCCACCCCCACCACAUUUUCUCUCAUCCUUCACAUGCAAACAGCUCCUCUGAAUCCUUUUCAAUAUUCCUCUGGCAGCUCCUCCGGUUCUACUUAAUUUACUCCAUGGUUACCCCCAGCUUCAUCGUUGGCAUUAUUGGCAAUGCAAUUUCAAUACUGGUUUUUACUUCUCCAAUAAAGACGUUUAGGCAGGUGGUGAAGAGGAAAUCAACUGAGAAUUACAAAGGAAUUCCAUACGUAACUACGCUACUGAGCACGAGUUUAUGGACCUUUUAUGGGCUUCUCAAUCCAAACGGUCUACUUGUCAUUACUGUCAAUGGUGCCGGUGCCAUCUUCCAAGCCAUUUAUGUCAUUCUCUUUCUGGUCUAUGCCCUGGAUAAGAAGGUGCAAACAGGAAAGCUGGUGGCCAUAUUCAACGUUGGUUUUCUUGGGUUUGUCAUUGCAGUGACUCUGCUAGCAAUGCAUGGAAGUUUGAGGCUCACCUUUGUUGGAAUUCUAUGUGUUGUCUUAACCAUAGGCAUGUAUGCAGCACCUCUUUCAGCCAUGAGAAGAGUGAUAAAGACCAAGAGCGUGGAGUACAUGCCAUUUCUCCUCUCAUUUUUUCUAUUUCUGAAUGCUGCCAUUUGGACUAUUUAUUCCGUGCUUGUCAAAGACUUCUAUAUUGGAGUACCAAACGCCACUGGAGUUGUGUUGGGGUCAGGACAACUAAUUUUGUAUGCAAUCUACAAGAACAAGUCAGUUUCAGAAAAACCAAUAGAGAAAGUGGAUGAAGAGGAAGGCUCUGCCCACCUUGUCAAAGCAGCAGGAGGAGUAAUAGAGAUGGGUGGAUUGGAGGAUGAAGACGAAGAGGCCAAUUACCUGAAAAAUCGAAGCCUCCGCAAGGGAAGAAGCCUCCCAAAGCCAUCUCAGGUAGACAGGCAACACAGCAUUAAGAUCUUGAAGACGCUUUCUUUGGAGUCCGGCCUGUGAAAUUCACUCUAAUUGGCCCCCACCAAGAUGGUCUUGAAAAUGCUGAAGAGAGUCACCCCUUGAUCAGGAGGAAACGAAAUUAACCUAGUGUUAAUUCCUAAAUGCUUUUUUUUUUGUCUUUUCUUUUUUGGAGAUUAUCAUCUUAGUCAUGUAUUAACGGUCACAAUGGUGGAAAUUUAUUAACUUCUACCGAUCACAUUUUAUGAAAUUUCUGUUUUAAA